AAGUUAUUAAAUCUACAGUUGAGCCCGAAAUCUAAGGCGACGACUGCCCGCACCCGUCAAAGCAAACUCGCGCCUCGUUUUGCUAAACAGAAAGAAAACAGCACUCGUCUCAACACAAUUACCGACGAAGCGUUCACUUCGCCCGCAAAAAUAGCCGACGAUUUGAAAGCGCUUUCUAUUGACCCGAAAACUAUUGACACGACUCUAAAAGGACCUAAAGAUAAAGCCGAAGAAGCGACUCAAUUAAAGCCAGUGGUUAACGCCUGGAGCCGACCAUUGAGUCAUUGCUCGCAAACGACGACAAGCAAUUCGACGGUCACCACAACGACAAGAACUACAACACAGACAUCAAGUUCUAAGAUACAAGAUAUACACACAUUGAGUGUGUCAUCCAAAUCCAGUAGUUUUGAUCAACACGAUAGCGGUAUCGAUGUGUCAGAUCAGCCGCCAUCCACCGCCUCCUCUCAGCGCUCUUCACCUUCUAAUGACGACAACAAAUUGACUACAACUACAGCCAAAGUGACGAAUCCGACCGAAACUCGUGCAGAUAUUGUUACUGACAUCGACUCCGCUAAACCCAUGUGUACUGUUAUAUUUGAAAACACGAGAUUCAAAGAGGAGAACAAAGUAUUGGCCAAAAUAGCGCCCGCGAAGUCUCCCACAGCAAAG